AUCGUCAGGAAGCAUCAACCAAAAUUAUGUACCUGGUUGUGGAGAAGAAGUAAGAAAGCAAACCCAAAGCUUCCAAUUCUAGGGAUUCAAAAAUUGGACCAGGAAAUCUUUUAUCUUUGUCUUAUUCUUCUUUCCCAGCACGCCUCCUCCAAAUGCAGUCGUUGCAUGUUUGGAACCCUCCAUCAUAUCAUCCUUACCAGAUUGAUUCUUCUAUGAUACAUUCUCAGAAUUGUUCAAUCGUCUUUUCGUAUGAUGAGGGCAAGAACAAAGAAUUGUAGUUAGGAGUUUUGAUCGAAGAAGAAGAAGAGGGGGUUGGUUUCAAUCGGAGAAUGAAACCAAGAAAGGAAGGAGAAGAAGUAAAGAAGUAGGAGGGUAAGGAUCUGAAUGAGAAAGGGACAUGCAAGGUAGUUAUUGCGGAGUUGUGGUAGUAGGUGACAUAUUGAGGCACAACUAGCCUAAUUGGGGUCCAAUUGCACAUGUUUUCACCCCGUAUUCUUGUGGUGUUUGGGGGCAUUUACAUCGCUUAAGGUUCGAUUUUAUGCUAGGUUAUGUAUGUUUCCAACAUGUUUCAGGUUCUAUCAUGUGAGAUUGGCCUUGGAAGCAAUAGUUGAACGAAAAAGGACGAAAGCGGAUCGAAAAGAGAAAAAAGGUGAAGAUCACUGUUAGAGCAACUUUGUCACAAUCAAUCGACCGUGAAGAGCAUCGACAUCCAGAAAGUUUUGUACACCUCGCGAGCCUAAAAGUGGUCAUGGUCGCGAGACCGUGAUAAUGCCAUCUAGUCCGUGAAGGCCUUAAAUGAAAUGGUGCGCUUUUGCCCCAGAUCACGGGCGAGGCUUCGAGAUCACGCCCAUGAUAAUCGACAAUGAUGAGCGCACGAAUGGAGUACAAAAGGAGAAGGAAGCUGAAACUUUAAGGGAGGAUCCUAGUGAGAGAUUGCCAUCAUCUUCUCUUCUGAUUUUAGAGAGAGAAACAUACAAACAAAGAGAGAAGAAGGGGGUUAGGGUUUGAUCCUAGUUAGAGGAUUGAAGGUUUUCAUCUCCCAAUGGUGAUUUUGGCAACAAGGAAGGAAGUCAAAUACCACAUCAUGGUUCUUUCCCUCCUCUUUGUUGUAAUCCCUAGUUUAGCUAUGGACUAGUUCUUUUUUCACUUGAGUAUUGUGAACCCUAGCCUAGAAAUGUGAUGGAUUAAUGGAUUUGAACUCUAUGUGUGUUGAUUGUGUGUUUUAAUAUAAUGCUUGAGGUAUUUUCAUAAUUUGUGAGUGUUCAGUUCCAUAUCUCAUUUGGGUCAAAUUGACCUAGAAGGAGGAAACCUCCUCCUUGCCCACUUCUUGGAAAAUUGGGUAACCACUUCUAGAGCAAUUAGGGACACACCUCAAGCAUUGAUUUAGCGUCACGAUUGGAUUGUGUUUUAUUGUCGGUGUUCCGGAUUAACUUCCGAGGGAUUGGUUAGCAAUCCUUAGCUGCUUGAUAGAGAGAGCUAGGUUUCCUAGCUUAAUUGCUUUUCCUUAAUCGAUUGCCUAGGAGAGUGGGAAUUUUCCACUAUUUGCACCAUCUUCGCGGUAUAGGAACACACUAUCCCGCACUAGAGUUUCAAUUAUUGCAACUUAAUAUAAGGCUAGGGGGAGCAAUACUCGGGUGACAUUUUCUCAUAUAGAAUCCACCACCAUUUAAUUUCUUGCUUGCUUUAAAUUGUUUCUUAGUUUUCACUCUAAACCGAUAGCUAGAUAACAUUUUAAACGGUUGAAGUAUAUGAAUACAUGGACCGGCCCAGGUUGACAUUUUAAAACACUUGUCUAUACUACACUUACUAGAGUUUAUACUUGGGCUCUAGUUGAGAUUUUAUUUUAUUUGUGUAGUUAGGAAUGAAUCAUAGUCGAGGACAAAAAGUCGAAUUAAUAUUCGGGUCUAUGAUGGGGGCAGUAUUGGGAACAUUCUACGACAUAAAAGUGAUGAUGAGUGAAGUUCUGUCUUUGCGAACAAAUUAAAUAUGGAGGUGAGGGUUGGAGGAAUACAAAUGAGCUUUUCUUUGAAAUUAAUAUCACUAUUGUCAUUCUGAAUAGAAAAGUGGUCCAUGUUGAGCCUCCAACCUAUCUAAUAUUCAAAGCUAUAGCAUAGAACGACUCAGCACACUCCUAAUAUAUUAGAGGGAAGGGGUAAAUACUAAUUGGUAGCCAAACAUUUCCCGCAUUUUUUAAUAUUAGCCAAACCUUUUAAAAUACACAAUAUUAUCCAAAUGUUAACUUCCAAUUAGCAUAUUUGUUAGUAAUAUUAACUUGACAACAUGACACUGACUUGGAAGAGACACAUGGAGAACAACAUUUCAAAACUUUAGUAUUUUAACUAAGAAAAGAGUUAUUAAAUUAUUAACAAUAACCAAAAAAUGACUAAUAUUUUAGUGCGCAACAAAAGAUUUGACUAAUAUUUUAUAUCUUGAAAAAUUUAACUAAUAUUUAAAAAUGCGGGAUAGGUUUGGCUAAUAAUAAUUAAAUAUAUAUAGAACCCGAGGAUUUAAGACGAGAACUAGGUUACCCGCUGCAUUAAGCCAUUAACAGUAGGGAUGGCAAUGGGUCGGGUUGGGUCGGGUUUUGCCAAACCCAAACCCAUGGGUUUAUUCGUGAAAAAAACCAGGGAUAAACCCACUGGGUUUGAAAAACUCAAACCCAACCCAAUCCGCUGGGUAUCCUCGGGUUCAUGGGUACCCACGAGUUUGUGUCGUAAAAAAUUUACAAUAACAAGUUCCUAUCAAAAUUAAAGUCAAAUAUCAAUCUUUCAAUACAAAUUAUCCAUAUAUAAAACAUCAUUCUAGAAAAUUCAAGCAAAUCACAAAUUAACUAUACAAAUUGUUCAAUACCAAUCUAGAAAACUCAAGAAAAUUGAAGCAAAUCACAAAUUAUCCAUAAAUAACAUGAUUAAUUGAAAGCUUCUUCCUUUCAAUUAAGUUUUUUCACUCUCCACUCGAUAACAUCAACUUCAUUCUACACAAUCAGAAAGAAAAAAUUAGACAUGUCUCCACAAACAUAAAUAAGAUUAGUAGUUUAGAAUAUUAAAUAUACCAAGAAAAUAAAUUAUAUGAGUGUGGGCAGGUACCCAUGGGUCGGGUUUACCAAAACCCAAACCCAACCCAAUUCGAUGAAUAGUAAACGGGUUUAAACCCAAACCCGACACAAAACCCGUCAACACGAAUUUUACCCGCGUUGACCAGAUUGGGUCGGGUGGAUCCCAUGAGUUCGGGUUUUGUUGUCAUCCCUAAUUAACCGCAUUUGGAAGCCUAUAAAGCGAAAAGUUAAAGCCCAUCUUACAAUGGAAGUUCCAUUUGGGCCUAGCGUAAAUGAACAGAACUAUACGGGUUUAUAUCCAUCCUAUGCUGGCCGCUUUUAACGAAACGGAUUAUGGACCCUAGCCUAGACGAGAGAAAGGGAUCCAGAAAAACUCCCCACUAUAAAUUCCUACGCUUCCUCUCAAACCUUCGCCCCAAACCCUAAUAGCAUUUCGGCAGCCGUUCCCCCAAACCAAAAGAAAUGGCAGCCGCCGCUCGUCCCCUUGUCUCCGUCCAAACCCUUCCCACAAUGAACGAUAUGGCCACCGAUUCCCCGGCCACCGUUCCCCUGCCCGACGUUAUGAGGGCCUCUAUCAGACCCGACGUCGUCAACUUUGUUCACUCCAACAUGUCGAAGAACAGCCGCCAACCCUACGCCGUGUCCAAGAAGGCCGGCCACCAGACCUCCGCCGAGUCCUGGGGUACCGGUCGCGCCGUCUCCCGUAUUCCCCGUGUUCCCGGUGGAGGAACUCACCGUGCCGGUCAGGGUGCCUUCGGGAACAUGUGCCGAGGAGGUCGCAUGUUCGCUCCGACCAAGAUCUGGCGCCGCUGGCACCGGAGGAUCAACGUCAACCAGAAGAGGUACGCCGUCGUUUCUGCAAUCGCCGCCUCGGCCAUUCCUUCGCUGGUGAUGGCUCGCGGCCACCGGAUCGACACCGUUCCAGAGUUGCCUCUGGUGAUCAACGACUCCGCAGAGGGUGUCGAGAAGACAUCCACCGCUAUCAAGCUGCUCAAGGAGAUCGGAGCUUAUGCUGAUGCCGAGAAGGCCAAGGACAGCGUCGGGAUUCGUCCCGGGAAAGGGAAGAUGAGGAACAGGAGGUAUAUUUCUCGCAAGGGACCUUUGGUUGUGUACGGAACUGAAGGCGCUAAGCUGGUGAAGGCCUUCCGCAACAUUCCUGGGGUGGAGGUGGCCAAUGUCGACCGUUUGAAUCUUCUUAAGCUAGCCCCUGGUGGCCACUUGGGUCGAUUUGUGAUCUGGACCAGGUCGGCUUUUGAGAAACUUGACUCCAUCUACGGCUCCUUUGACAAGGCUGCUGAGAAGAAGAACGGGUAUGUGCUCCCUAGGGCUAAGAUGUCGAAUGCUGAUUUGGCUAGGAUUAUCAACUCUGACGAGGUUCAGUCUGUGGUGAAGCCCAUCAAGAAGGAAGUGAAGAGAGCUCCAUUGAAGAAGAAUCCUCUGAAGAACUUGAAUGUGAUGCUUAAGUUGAACCCGUAUGCCAAGACCGCUAGGAGGAUGUCCUUGUUGGCUGAGACUCAGCGUGUGAAGGCCAAGAAGGAGAAGCUCGACAAGAAGAGAACUCCCAUCAGCAAGGAGGAGGCAUCUGCCAUCAAGGCUGCUGGGAAAGCAUGGUACCAAACUAUGGUGUCGGAGAGCGAUUACACCGAGUUCGAGAUAUUCUCCAAAUGGCUUGGUGUAUCCCAGUAAAAUUGGGGUGUUUUGUUUGAGCUAUGCUUUAUCAGUUAUCUAGCAGUUUUGUUUGUUGGAUGUUAGGAAUUUUGAUUUUGUUGGACGGGAACGACGAGGUGGUUCCUUUUUUCGGGGGAUUGUCACCAUCAUAUACAUUGUUAUCCUUGGUUGUUUUAUCAUCGUUAUGUUGAGAUAUUGCUGGUUUACGGUGCUUUGGUUACCAGUGCGCACAUCAUUUUGCUAGUCCUUGUCUGUGGUUCAACCUUUUGCUUUUCUUGAAACUAGAUAUUUAGGUUGAAGGAUUCUUGAUCGCUCUGAUAUAUUAGUCAUUUGUUCCGUAGGAUUCGACAAUCCCACUGUCCCAGUUAGCUCAUCGAGCGGGAAACUGAUGCGGGAAAUAAGACCAAUAAGUGAUAAACUAUCCGGGGAAACAAUACCGAAACGAUAGUCGUACUUCAGAUCAUACUCCAAUUGUCGUUGGAUGUGCUUUAUUUUUAAAACAAGAGUUGAGCUACAUAGCUUUGCCUUGCAUUGCCUUGCACAUGUUCGGCUUAGAUAAUACUCGAAUUGUUGUUGGAUGUGCUUUAUUUUUAAAACAAGAGUUGAGCUACCUAGCUUUGCCUUGUACAUGUUCGGUUUGUAUAUAAACGAGUCGAGUUAAAUACGAGCCAACUCAUUUAUUAAAUUUUGACACACUAUUAAGAUCGAAAGUUCUGUUCGAGCUCAACUCUAAAUAAUUUAUUAUAAAUACCCUAAUACUUAUAUGUUAUAUGUGAUUACCUAGGGUAAAAUACCUCGUGUACCAAUUAAGUUUGAGAAUUGGGACAUACAUACCACUUAAGUAAGAAUAGGGUGUCGGUUACCAUUAAAGUCGUCAAAAGGUGCAUUCGUCUAGUUUUCCAUCCAAACUAAAAUUUUAAUUACUUUUUGGUUUAAAACAUCCAAAACUAUAUUUCUAACAAGUAUUAUCUAAUAUAAAAAUUAGAAAACCUUCUGAACAUAGUAUUACUAGAAUGACUAACGAAAAUUUUUCUAUAUAAUAGAUAAAUUAGAAAAACUAAUAGACGAAUAUCAAGAAGGAAUAAUAAAUAUACUAGACGAUAAUAAUAAAUAUAUAAAAUUAAUAUUAUAAUAUAUAUUUAAAUCCCUAAUAUAAUUAGAAGCACCACUAAAAAUAGUUAAAAUAGAACCUAAUCGAUCAUCAAUACAUCAAGACCAAAGAAGAUAUAUGUAAACUAUAAAAGCUACAACAUUCAGAAAUAAAUCUAAAAAAGAAAAUAUAACUAUAGGGAGAUAAUUACAAUUAGUAAAUUUAACUAAUAUGAAACAUCUACAUAAUAUUAGAGAAUUAGUAAAUUUAACUAAUAUGAAACAUCUACAUAAUAUUAGAGAAUUACAAUGAGAUUUAAUAUGGAAAAUUAGACAAGAUCAACAAAAUUUAAAAGAACUAAAUAUAAUAUCCUCAGAACCGGAACUCUCUUCCUCCUUCAAGGAAACACCAUCAACCUCCACCUCCAGGUCACCAAAAGCUGAAAAGUCAGUCCAAGAAAUUACCUAAGACCACCAACAACUACAAUACGAGAGGGAAAAAAGGUGGGGGAAGAGUUUGGCCAGAAUGGGGAUGGGAAAAGAGAGUAUUUGCUGUGUUGUUUUUGAUAAAAUCAAACUAGAGUUGAUCAUUAUGUUUACAUGGGUAGUAAUAAUUAAUUAAAACGUAUAUUUUGAUGUAAUUUUUUUUAUAUUUGGACAUAAUUUUUUACACUAAUAAUUAAAUAUGACGUCAUCAAUGAAGAAAUCAUAAUAAUUUGCAGAAGACCAUGACUCAUCACAUGUUUCACAAAAUGAGUAGUGCCAUCAGUUUUUUUGAUAGCUUUAAUCAUAUUGAGUGGUGCCAUCAACUGUUCAUCCUGCUUUAAUCAUAUUGAGUGGUGUCAUCAACUGUUCAUCCUGUUGUAAUAAUAUUAUUGUUGGAGA